AUGUUUAGAAUCUUUGAUACACAUGUUUUGAAGAGUACUCUGCGUGAGGACUCGAAGGCAGUUGAAACUCUUGAGGCCUAUAAGAAUCCCGAUAGUGGGAAGCUGGAUGAGGACGGGUUGUUCGAGAUUAUGGCGGCCAACAACUUCCUAGUUACCACCACUACCGACGCCCGAAUACUAGUGGUCUAUAGCCACUAA